CGGAAGACGGAUGAGAAGGAGAUGGCUGAAUUUAGAUAGCCCUGUGUUUGGGAAAAACCUCCACCAUGGACCUUCUCCGGAAGAAAGAGGGGUGCGGAGGACGGCUGCUCGUCCUCGCAGUGGUGUUCGGGUGGUGUUUGGGUGGUGCGAGCUGCUUCGGGCAGAACCUCGACAGCGAGUUCACGUUCCAGCUGCCAGCCGGAAGAUCCGAGUGUUUCUUUCAAACGGCGUUAAAGAAUGGUACGAUGGAGGUCGAAUAUCAGGUGAUCGCGGGUGCUGGUAUGGAUGUAGACUUCACCGUCAUCUCUCCAGAAGGCGUGCAGCUCAUCAUGGAGUCUCGACGCUCUGACGGAGUCCACGUGGUGGAGCCGACGGUGGAGGGAGACUAUCAAAUCUGCUUUGACAACAGCUUCAGUCACUUCUCAGAGAAGAUGGUGUUCUUUGAGAUCAUCAUCGAGGGUCCAGGAGGAGAUGUGGGUGGAGAUGAAGACUGGCCGGUGUUGGUGGAGCCUGAUGGAGGCCUUCUGGAGUACAAGCUGGAUGACAUUCGGCAGUCCAUGGACUCUCUGCACAAACGCUUGGAGCGCUGUCGGCAGAUGCAGACGGUGUUGCGGGCUUUCGAGGCGCGGGACCGGAACCUUCUGGAAGACAACCUGUGGAGGGUUUCCUUCUGGUCCUGCUCCUGUGUGCUGGUGAUGCUGUGUGUGGCCCUCACUCAGGUCUACACGGUCCGUAAACUGUUCGACGAUAAGCGGAGGGUCUGCACAUAGUGGGACUAGUUUGCAGUGAUGAUGGAGCAAUCACGUACAAGAUGUUCAGACGAUGCGCUGUUUUGUUAUUUUUAUUUAGUCCAGCAUUCAACGUCAGUUUUAACGGAUCUUACAUUUAAAAUCUUGCUCGUGAGCAAGAAUUCUAUAUUAUUUGAUCAUGAAGGGUAACCGGAUGAGGAAGUUGAAGAAGGCCACUGAUUUUCAUUCAGUGCCUUUUUUUAAUGUCAAAUUUUGACCACAAACCACAGAGGAAAUGCAUUUUAAAAAAAGGCACUGCCUGCAAAGACGGAACAGUAAAUGUUGUAGCGUACGUUUGUGAAACUGGUGAGAGGGUUUUGGAAUAUUUCGCGAAAAGGUGAAAUCGUCUUCUGCUAAAGGUUAAAGGUCGGUUUACAAGUGAUAACAAUGUGCAAUAGUGUCGUUGGCGUAUUUGUUCUUCCUGAAAGUUAAUGAUCUCUCUCGUCAUAUUAGCGAAGUGUCCAUCUGACCGGGCGUUGCCUUGGUUACAGCCGUGUUGAAGAUUAGGUCUUUUUGAGAUGUCGCUGAUUUCUGUUCUCAUGUCGGCUCAAGUCCACGCUGACCUGUUGACCUGUGAGCAUGUAGAACAAGAAAGAGGGAUGGUUUGCAGUGCGAUUGGCAAUAAUGUAAGAUGUUGUCCGCACGCCUCCACACUGUAGUGUGUGUGUGUGCGUGUGUGUGUGCGUGUGUGUGUCAGUUCAGGCAUGUAUCAGGUAACUCAGUGGGAACAUACUGAUGUGUGUUUUUGUGUCCCUGGCUUCUAGAUUAUCAAAUUCUCUUUUUUCUCAGAUGUAUGUUUGUUUCAACAUAAUGUGACUUUAUCAUUCGGCUCGGACCGCCAUUGAGUGUUUUUAAAAUGAAUAAAUAAAAACAGGCUUUCAAUAUAUAUAUAUAUGUAUAUAUAUUAGUGCUGUGAAAAAGAACACGUUAACGCGUUAUGAUUAAAUUACAGGAUUAAUUAGUUUUUUUUAAACGCAUUUAACGCAUGCGCAGAAUGAGCUUCCAAUCCGUCUGUUGUUGGUCGUCUACAGCAGCAUGUCACUCUGUCUACGUGUCCCGUUAACACGACUCCGAUCUCCGUCUCGCGCGCCGCAGAGCUCGGAUCCAGCGUUUGCGCGCACAUCGGGACGAAAGAAAGUCACUUGCAUAGAUCUUUAUGUUCUCACAAAAACAUACCGAGAAUAUCGGUAAUGUGAUUAAUCAUGAUUAAUCCACAGAAACCUGUGAUUAACCUGAUUAAAAUUUGUAAUCGUUUCACAGCCCUAAUAUAUAUAUAUAGUGUAUAUAUAAUAUGAGAAUAAUUUUUAAAUAAAUCAGGUUUACAUGAAAAUCAUUCAUAUUAAUAAAUGCAUUUUUUACACAGGAAAUACUUGGUUUUGAUGUUUUCGACAAAUAAAAAAAGGUGACAGAUUCA